AUGUUUGCAGUGGCUGUGAUAGACCCGCUGUUGGUGCUGGAGCCUGAACGCCUGGCGGCAGCAUCAGCGGCGGCGGCGCAAGGCGGCGGCGGCUCGGCCAACGUGCCGCCCUUUGUGAAAAUCAGCGUUCCGUUCAGGCUGCUGGCGCAGCUGCACCAGGGGCGGCUGGAGCUGGCUGACCACGACGACCCGGGCAACCACUGGUACUUUGGGAAGCAGGCAGAGCUGUUCCAGUACCAGUUCAUGGGGCGCCACGCCGUGACCAGCGGCUUCACCAGCCUGAUACAGGCGCACGAGCUGCAGGAGCUGCAGAGCGCGCCGCCGCCGCGCCAGAACCGCAAGCAGGCAGCGCUGGAGGAGCGCAGCUGGCUGGCCUUUCUGCAGCGCAUGCAGGGCAGCAGCGGCGAGGGCCUGUGGCCCACCCCCUCCCUCCCCUUCCUCUUUGCGGGCAAGGCCAUCGACUGUGCGUCAGUUGGGGUGUACACUGCGGUGGAGGGGGGCGUCGUCCAGGGCCUGAUGCUUGCCACUGAAUACGAAACGCCCGGGGCCGACUGA